AUGUCCGAAACUCAGGAAGCAGACAUCGACUCCAUUGUCGACAGAUUGUUGGAGGUACGUGGCUCUAGACCCGGUAAACAAGUUACGUUAUUGGACCACGAAAUCCGGUUCCUCUGUACAAAGGCUAGAGAGAUUUUCAUUCAACAACCCAUCUUGUUGGAGUUGGAGGCCCCCAUCAAAAUCUGUGGUGACAUCCACGGCCAAUACUACGACCUAUUGCGACUCUUCGAGUACGGUGGAUUCCCUCCUGAAGCAAACUACUUGUUCUUGGGUGACUACGUUGACAGAGGUAAACAGUCCUUGGAAACCAUCUGUUUGUUGUUGGCCUACAAGAUCAAAUACCCUGAGAACUUCUUCAUUUUGAGAGGUAAUCACGAGUGUGCCUCCAUUAACCGUAUCUAUGGUUUCUACGAUGAAUGUAAAAGAAGAUACAACAUCAAGUUGUGGAAGACUUUCACUGAUUGUUUCAACUGUUUACCAAUCGCAGCCAUCAUUGAUGAGAAGAUCUUCACUAUGCACGGAGGUUUGUCCCCUGACUUGAACUCCAUGGAACAAAUUAGAAGAGUCAUGAGACCUACAGAUAUUCCUGACGUUGGUUUGUUGUGUGACUUGUUGUGGUCGGAUCCAGACAAGGACAUCGCCGGAUGGUCAGAAAAUGAUCGUGGUGUGUCCUUCACAUUCGGCCCCGACGUCGUCUCUCGAUUCUUGCAAAAGCACGAUAUGGACUUGAUCUGCAGAGCCCAUCAAGUCGUCGAAGACGGUUACGAGUUUUUCUCUAAGAGACAAUUGGUCACUCUUUUCUCGGCCCCUAACUACUGUGGUGAGUUUGACAAUGCCGGUGCUAUGAUGAGUGUGGAUGAGUCCUUGUUGUGUUCCUUCCAAAUCUUGAAGCCAGCUGACAAGAAGCCUAGAUUCCCUCCCCCUAAUGUUGGCAACAGUAGACCGGUCACUCCUCCAAGAAAGGGUGCAAAGCGCGGCUCCAAGUAA